AGCUUGAUUAACGAUCACCAUGAUUGACCUACUUGGAGGUGGAGAGACCAGCUUUGGUCAGCUGAAUGCCUUGACCAUCACAGCAACCCUUGGAGUGGUCACUGCUACUCUGGCCCUGUGGACCAUGAUGAGACCAAAGGGGUUCCCACCUGGUCCCAGGGGUCUACCUAUUGUUGGCAGCAUAUUCAGUAUGAAUGAUUCCCCUGAGGUAAUCUUUGACAAGUGGUCCAAGAAGUAUGGCGAUAUCUUUGGUGUAAAGAUCGGGGAAAGAUGGAUGGUGGUUCUUAACGGUCAAGCUUUGAUCAAAGAAGCCAUCAUCAAACAAGGUGUAGACUUUGCCGAUCGUCCCGAUUUCUAUUCUAUGAAAAUUUUCACGGAAGGAUUCAAGGACAUCGCAUUCAGUCCAUACAGUGAGACCUGGAAACUUCAUCGCAAGUUGGCUCAUACUGCUCUCAGGCACUUUGCAACUGGCAAACCACUGCAGGAUUUGAUCUCGAGUGUCUAUCCAAAGAUUGAAAAGUAUCUUGCCGAGAAGGAAGGCAAACCGGUCGACCCUAAGCUCCUCCUCACUCUUCUCAUGUACAAUGUCCUUACACAGAUGUGUUUUGGACAAAGUAAAGAGUUAGAAGACCCUACGAUCGUGGCAUGGAAGGAUAUGAAUGAUGAUAUUAAUGAAGGAGUCGGACUGGGUUUAGCAGCUGACUUCUUCUCGUGGGCACGGUACGUACCUACAAGUGGCCCAAAGAUGAUCAAGGAUACGACCGAUAAACUUCUUGGCUACCUGCGCUCAAUGGUCAAUGAAUCUAGGAAACAGUAUGAUCCAGAGAACAUCAAUGAUUUCUACAGUCUGCUUCUCAAAGCCCAGGAUGAUGCAAGGAAAGAAGGAGAAAAUGUAGAUAAAAUGACAGAUACCCACAUCUUCCAGACGAUUUCAGAUAUUUUUGGAGCUGGAAUUCAAACCACUGUCGAGACUCUGUAUUGGGCUUUGGCUUUGCUGGCGACCUACCCAGAAAUCCAGGCAAAGGUCAAGACCGAGGUCAAUGACGUCAUCGGCCGUAAUCGUCUUCCUACCAUCAAUGACCGCGGGAAGCUACCCUACACUGAGGCGACCCUCUACGAGGUGAUGCGGUAUAGCAGUAUCGCCCCCACAGCCGUGCCUCGUGCUACUACUCGAGAUACGAAGUUAGGCGGCUAUUCCAUCCCCAAGGGCACAAUGGUGAUGAUCAAUACCUACUCUAUGCACUUUGACCCACAGGAAUGGGACCAACCAGACAAGUUUCUCCCAGAUCACUUCUUGGACACAAGUGGCACUGUCCGUGAUCACCCUCCAAGCUAUCUACCCUUUGGAGCAGGACGUCGUGGUUGUCUCGGUGAAGCCGUAGCCAAGGCUGAUCUCUUUCUGAUCUUCACAUGGUUCAUGCAGAACUAUACCUUUAGCAGGGUUCCUGGAAAGGAGUCCGAAGACAUCUUAAAGAUGAUUCCUCAGACCGCCGCCGGAAGACUUUUGCGCCCCUAUGAGGUCAUGAUCCAGAAACAUGACCAGUAGAUCCCAGGGCUGGCCCAUAAUCCAGCAUUAUGAACCAAGAUUAUUGUGGUACUCUCAAUUCCUUUUGAAAUCUUCAUGGUUAUUCUUUUCUAUGAUAAUGAUGAUGAUAUGAAUAAUGAUAAUCAAGUGGAUGGUUGUGGUGAUAGUGAUGAUGACUAUAAUUUUUAUGAUAUGAUUAUGAUUGAAUACAGCACAAAUUAUUUACGUGAUAGUGCAAGCUAUACUUAUCUAUAUAUGUACUUAGUAAGUUUGAGACAUGAUGCCCUCCCCCCCCAAAAAAAAAAAAAAAUAGAUAAAUAAAUAAAAUAAGGUGGAUUCAGAAACUUUUUGCUUUUCUCCGUACCUUUCAUUCAAAUUAAUUAUACCAAAGUUCUCAUUCCUCCAUACUAUUUAAGAUUAAUUUUGUGGUAACUGUGAUUUUUACGGAUUCUUUCAAAGUGACCACUAAAAUGUUUAUACCGUGUGUUAAAACUAUUUUUUUUUGCUAAUCGCCUAAGUAUUCAGAUUGUGAUUAACAUUGAGUAAUGAGCUUUGGGGAGUGUUUCAUGAAAGGACUUGUCGGAUAUUUUAUCUGACAGUUAUCGUAGUAAUGGUGUUUUUUAGCCAAUCAAAUUCAAGGGUUUUUUCAGAUAUGACAACUUGUCACAUGAAGGCAUGUCAAUGAAGUGCUCCCUUGUAUGUAGCAAAGUAAGCGUAGUAGACCAGUCUGUUUUCAUUCCGAUCCAAUCGUUUGACAGUUUGCUUUUCUGUCACUCUUGAUUAAUGUAUUUUUCAUUCUUCCACAAACUUAUGCAUGUCCACACGAUCAGUACUUACUAGGUCUAAAUAUAACACGAAAAAACCCAAAAUAGAAAUUUUAUGUUCAUACCAGCUUUCUGAUAGUGAAGUAUUGGAGAACUACCUCAGUUUACUGGUAGUAUGAAUGUUUUCAAACUCACAAAUGCAGCUGUUUGUGGUGACUCCCAGCACCAUACCACGUCUUUCCCGAGUAGAAACCGUAAUGGUUCAGUCUCUCUCCCUAGAUUGGGAAUGAACUUCCCCAGGUAGUUGAUUGUACCAAGAAACAUCUGGAGCUCUGUCUUGUUGCUUGGUGUUUCCAUCAGUUGCACUGCUUUCACUUUCUCUGGGUUGGCCUUAACUCCCUCUGGUGUUAGCAGAUGACCAAUGUAGGUAACCUUGUUCACUCAAAAUCAACAUUGGAUGCAUUUAGUUUCACUCCUGAACACAUUGAAAAAUACCCUCAAAAUGUUAGUCAUGUUCCUCUUUAGUAACUCCCAGACCAAUAUAUAAUCCAUGAUGACUUUAACGCCCUCCAGUCCUUCCAGAAUUUAUUAAUCUUUUGCUGGAAGUUUCCUGGCUCUGCGUUAAUUCCAAACGACAUUCCCGUGUAUCUGUACCUGCCAUAUGGUGUAUUGAACAUGCAUAGUUUAUAGGUUUCCAAUCUUUCCAGCAUUUCAUUAAUCUUUUGUUGGAAGAUUCCAGGUGCUGCGUUAAUUCCAAACAACAUUUCCAUGUAUCUGUACCUGCCAUAAACAUUCCCAUGUAUCUGUACCCGUCAUAACGUGCAUAGUUUAGAGGUCACAAUGUUAAAAAACGUGUACGACCUCCAAUCUUUCCAGCGUUUCAUUCAUCUUUCGUUGGGAGAUUCCUGGUGCUGCCACUUUGGCGAUUGGCAUUCCUGCCACUACUUCAACCGCCUUCAUAGGGUAAAGCUCCCACUUCAUGGCAUUGUUUAAAUUCAAUAUAUAUCCUUACUUUCUUGACUUAGUUGCAAUGACCAUUGAAUUACCCACUGUUUAUACAGCAUUUGUUUCACUAUCUUGGCAAGGUUCUUCAUGCGUUAACUUUAGGCUGUACCUUGACCUUCAUGGAGAGCUACUGUAACUCGCCUCAGAGGGUCUAUUACUGGUUGACCCUCAAGUCUUAAGUGAAAAUGUUUCUCUUCUACACAUCCCAUUCCUUCAAAGACAUAUUUACCUAGCAUCUCUGAUUCUUAGGCUCCAACCUGCUUUCUCAUGCCCCUACUCACUUUAUUAUUUUCAAUUCAGAACUGGAUUCACCUCCUAACACAGGCACAACGUUACAGUCCAGCACAUAAAACUCACGCACAUAGAAUUUCUGUUUGUAUCAUUUUCCCACACUGUGCAUUUGGGUUGAGUCUUUCCUCUGAAUAGGUGAGAAUCUUGUAUCUGGGCAUCUUUAGCUUGCUCCCAUGUCUUCUUGCAGCUGAUAGUUGAAGCACAUUACACUCGGUACCUGAUUCCAUGUCCUCUGUCACCACUUGUCUGUUUUAGGCACACAUUCACCGCCCAUUCCUCCAAUAUUUUUUCCUUGUGCUCACUUAGUCUCACCAUGUUCAUAUAUAUUUCCUGGCCAGACUGACACCUCAGCUUUGUGCAACUGCUUGUCUUUGUCACUGCUUUUGCGUACUUUGGCAAAAUUAUUCUGCUUCCUAUGCUUGUUGUCCAUCGCUGGACAUUGCUUUUUUUUGUGACGUAUCGCUCCAUCCACAGCGACCACUUUGGGUUUUCUAUCAAAUGUCCUUUCCUUUAUUUUCUCUCAGCAACACUCUACUUCAUGUCCAUGUGAUGACUGCUUACAGCUCCAGGAGUCGGCUUCGUUAUUUGUGACCUGCUAACUUUGGUUGCAUGGCACACAUCCAUUCCUUUUUGCAGAGUGAGAUUUGUCUCUUGCAGAAAAUCUCACUCUUUGUGUUGUCGUCGUGAAUUCCGACAACGGUCCAAUCCUUUAUGAGGCUGUCAUGUAAGCCUUCAAACUCGCGUGUGUUCACUUUCGUUUUUAGGUCUGUCACGUACUGAUCGAUGCUCUCUUUCCUUCUUACUGAAACCUUGUAUUAAACAAGUUCUUAUAUGUGGUGUUUUGUCUUCACAAUUAUGGUAGAAAGGUCUGGCUGGCUGUCACUCAAAUUUUCACUUCAGGAUUCAAAUGCAAAUGUUUAAUAGAUCUCCAAGGCAUCCUGUUUAAUUACAUGUAGAAAUGUACACAUCUGCAUCUUUGAGUCGAUCUUGUCUAACCCACUAGAAGUGUGGUGCAACUCAAACAUUUGUUUUCUAGCAGCUAGAAGGCAUCCGGUAUCUUCAUACCAUCCAUGGCCGUAACAUAAGUUUUCUCCUGACACCAUGGAUCUGAAAUGUAUAUGUAGAUGACACAGGGCAAGGGUUCAUUCUAAAGGCUUGAAAGGUGCCAUGAUGCCCCCCCCUGUUUCAUUUCAUUUUGUGGAACACUCCUAGAAUAGCGUAACAUUUUUGCGCAACUUUUGUGACCUUAUUUGCAACGCUAUUUCAGAGAUGUAAUGCCGAAAAUUACUCCAUUGUUAGUGGGAGAUUAAAUGUAAUAAUGAUUUCCAUCCUAAUUGGCUUGCUUAUUCAAUUAAGGAUUAAUUCUGGUUGUGAAAUUGUUUGUAGUUGUUUAAGAUAUUUUGUUACAGGGUUUGAAUCCAGCUGCCACUUAUGUGGAAAAACGUAGUUAUUAUUAAAGUUGUGAUAGUAGGUAGUUGUCUAUCAA